AUGGCUGGAGCUGUCAGGAGGUUUGCGGUGAUCUGCUGCCAUGUGGAGAGCAUGAAUGUUCGCGCCCUUGUCAUCCCGGCCUCUGUGGCAGCUGUGAGAUGUUGGUUCCGUCCCUCUGCUACUGUGGCAAGGAGUUCAAGGAGAUAUUUUGUGAACGCCGUGGCGAUCAGGAAGCAUCAUUCAAUUAUGGACAGCUUAGGGAUUCUCAGACUACACCGUACCCCAAAGCAGAAGGAUUGGGCGAGUCAUGGUUCACUGGCAGUUUUGAGUGCAACGAUGAGUGCGGGAGACUGUUCGACUGUGAGCAGCAUCGAUGCAAACAGAAGUGCCAUGCUCAGGAUGAACAAGUCACUCACUGCCCAUACUCUGCCGACGUGGUGA